UCAGAAAACGCAUAUGAAAUUCGAAUAGUAAAUCGCAAAAAGGCAGUGGGCGUGGCCACACUGAAUCAGCCUGCGUGCCGAGCUGAAGCUUUGAAGAUCGUCGGUGCCGAGUCGAGCCGCAGCUCGAACUUGAAUCGCGACUGAGGCCCGAGUCAAACAGUGCUCGAAGAGUAUCAAAGGCGUCAACACGUGCCCUGGCAAAUGGAGAGGCACAAAUCAAGUCACAGGCGGGAAGCAACAGUAGCUGCACCUGCAACAGCAGCUGCAACAGCAACAGCAGCAACUGUUGCUGCUAGCAAAGUGUCAAGAUCUAAGCAUGAUGUUGGCAAACGGAAGGGCGAACAUUUGGAGACGCAGACGUUUCACAAGAAGGUUAAGAAAAUUGGCGUGGAUGUGGCAGCAGCGCAGGCCCAAAAUGAGCAACAGUUGCUGCAACAGCAACAGCAACGACAACAACAACAACAACAACUACCUAGCAUGCCUGUGCUAAAUGAAACAGAUGAUGAGGAGCCAAGCGAGCAUGGGCAUCGGCACAAGCACAAACACAAGCACAAAUCACACAAGUCAAAGAAAUCGAAAAAGUCCAAAAAGCAUUCGGGAUCAGAGCAGGAGGCCGAGUGCAAGCGAGAGCGAAAGAGACAGCAAGGGCAAGCAGACGAUGGACCGAUCGAGGCGAAUGCGCUGCGUCCGCGACACUGGUUCAAUCAGAAGAAACGCAUCUUGGAGCAGUGGAGACGCGAGCACAGUGCCAGAAAGAGCGAUAACGAUAACGAUAACAAUCGAAACAUCGAUGUCGAUAACGACGGCUAGUGCACAUCAUCACAACCAUCAACAAAUGACCAACAACAAUCAACAUCAAAGGAAUUUCAGAAUUUCAGAAUUUCACCUCCCCGGGGGCUAAGGAGAAGUAACAACAUCAUGGAUUGAUGGAUGUAGCGAUUGAUGAUGAUGGAGGGGACGCAGCAAGAGGAGGCCCAGACCGAGCAGGAGAGAAAGGAGCAGCAUCUAUAAAAGAUACUCGAGGGCAUGAAUUAAUUUAAAGCUAAAUGCGAACAGCAACACCAGCAAUAAAAUAAAUUGGGAAAAUCUUUUUAUGCCCGCAGCGCCAACAGCGUUCAACAAAAGGAA